AUGGCAUCGAAAGCACCUCCUCUUCCUUCUUCCCCACCUCCUCCUUAUACUCCUCGUCGUGAAAGAUAUCUAGAAACAUCAAUCCGGAAAUGCAUUCCAAAAGAGCUAAUUCCUGAGACUUGGAAAUUCAUGACAUAUCCAAGCGACAAACCUGAAUUUACACUUAACAUCGAGUCCCUCUUCUCCCAAGGACAACCACAACUUGGAAUGUUCGAGUCCGCCAAGGAGUUAGGCGACACUGUUGCCCAGUACAUGGAGUUCCCGAAGAACAAGGAGCACUUCAAAAAGAGCCGAACCACACGCAUCGAACGAUUCCCCGAAUUUCCCAAAAGCCUGACGGGAAAGUGGUGCAUGUAUACAAACGAUCUAUACAAAGUCUUCGACUAUCACAAAUACUCUACACUUAGAGUGGAUACAAAUGGGUUGGCUGAGGUGGUGCUGGAGGAUAUGUGGGACGAACUUCGAAUUGAGAAGCAUCACACAAUGUUUGUAUGUCCACAUGAACCACUGCCACCGACUUUCGACAAUGCACAUCGGGGAAUUCUUCUUGCUGACCUGAUGGCUAAAGGUAGCACUGUACCUUUGAAUGCCAAGAUUGAUUGGAUGUGGUUGGCGAAGACAGGGGAAAAUGAUAUGACUACUGCUAUUCUCGAAUCGAUGGGCAAGCAUGUCGCAAACUUUCCGUAUGUGGACAAUAAAGAAGCCCAAAAAAUAGUCUCAUGGGUUGGAUAUGUUUUGGGUGAAGCUACCGUGUUCAUCCAAAAAUUAGGAAUCCACUUGCCACCGGCGACUUCGCUUGCUCCACCAGACGAUAAACCGACACCAGUGAUUCGACUAUUCUCAAGUGACAGCAAAUCAUUUGUGUUUGCUCAGGAUUUUCAAGACAUUCUAUUCGAAUAUAAUACUCUUUCCCCCGAAUAUAUAAAAUCGAUUAGUAAAUUAAUCGGAAUGAAAACAAUGUCAACAUUGUCCUACGAAGAAGUCAUGGAAAUGGUGGAGAAAGUGGGAAAUCCCGAUUUGAAAAAGCUGGAGUUUGCUAAGAUGAAGAAUGAUCUCUUGAUGUUCACUCAGACUCCGAUUCCAACUUAUCAUAGUAGAUUCUGUAGCCUUGCUGCGGAUGCUCUCUACGAACUUCUGAUGGAUAUUAUUGUGGCGAAGAAGGUAUUUCAUACAUUUCAAGAGAAGGAUUGGAAUAAAAUCAAUGAGUUCUUCGAGUCUAUAAAAUCUCACUUCGACAUCGAUAGAGACAUCUACUUUAUAGAUUUUGAGGAGGUGGAGAAUAUCAAGAAAAAGUGGGAGAAGUUCUACAUUGACCACUUGAAGCGAGACUCCAAACUCAUCCAACUCAAAAAAGAUAAAUUUGAUGUGAACGGCUUGAUAAGAACACUCAAAUUCCUGAAAUUGGAUAAAUGCUUUGGAGACAUUGUGGAAUAUGCGCAUCCUAUCUUCACAGAAAUGGAGAACCUGAAACUGAACGGCAAGAUUUGGACAUCCCCUCAUUAUCUCUAUGUAGCAAUUGCACAAUGUCAAAUGAACUGUCUCGCUCGGAAGGUGCCCUGGAUUCUGGAGUUCUUUGAGAAGCAAAAUUCGUGCAACCGAAUGAACAUUAUGAAUAUUUCUACCGGUCAAGGAGAUAUCGAUUUGGACAAGUUGGUGGCGGAGUUGGAACAGAUGGGAACGAGUGAUAAGAAGCAAGGAGCUAAAGGGAAUGUGGCUAACAAGAAGAACAAGAAUAAUAAAAAGAAGUAA